GAGCGGGAGCAGGCGGGAGCGCGCAGGUGCGCACGUGGAGACGGCCGCGAAAAGGCAAGCAUUGCGGAGGAGAAGAGAGGGUACAGUAGUGAGGGAGACGGGGAGACCUUGGAAGGAGGGAGCAUGUUUCGUCACCGUGGCAGCGUCCAAUCCGGGUGCGCGGAGUGCGGGACAGAAGCGGUGGCGUACUUUUUUACUUUUUUUUCUUCGACCUCCUUCUUUUGCCUCUUUGCAUUUGUUGUGUGCGCUUCGCCGUGCCGUAGUUGCCGUCUGAGAGCCCAGAGCACGUGUGUUGUCAAGCUCCUGUCGCCAUGGCGUCGGCGGCGUCUUCAAGCGGCGUGAAAAAACGCCGUGCCUUAUCGCUGGAGACUAAGGAAUGCGUCAUUAGGGACAUCGAGAGUGGGCUGAAGAAGGCGUCGGUGGCGGCGAAAUACGGCGUUUCCGACACGACCGUGUCGACCAUCUACAAGAACAAAGACAAACUGCGGCAGCAACUGCAGCAAGAUUCGUCUUCCCUGUCACGGAAGAGAAUACGUACGUCGAAGUAUGAAGACGUGGACGCAGCGCUGUUCAGGUGGUUCCGCGAAGUUAGGGCUCAGAGCAUCCCAGUAAGUGGCCCCAUGCUCCAACAAAAGGCCAAGUCUCUCGGAGCUCUCUUAGGCCACGACGACUUCAAUCCACUUAACGGGUGGAUCCAGCGUUUCAAAGAUCGCCAUGGCAUCAGCUGCAAAGUGGUGUGCGGAGAAAGCGGCGAUGUCGACGACGAGUCUAUCGAAGUCUGGCUUCGCUUAAACUUGAAGAGUAUGCUGUCCACCUAUACUGACAGGGACAUUUAUAAUGCCGAUGAAGCUGGCUUAUUUUAUAACCUUUUGCCCAACCGCACGCUUGCGCUGAAAGGCGAGGCCUGCUCCGGCCGCAAGGUCUCAAAGGAGCGCAUAACCGUAUUGUUUUGCGCUAAUUUGGACGGGAGCGACAAGCGCCGCCUCUUUGUCAUAGGUAAAUCGGCAAGGCCACGUUGCUUUAAAAAGCGAGAGUGCCUGCCAGUGACCUACAAAGCCAAUAAAAAGGCGUGGAUGAUGCAGGAUUUGUUCACCAGCUGGCUUUGCAAGUUUGAUGAGGAUAUGGUGGCAGAGAAGCGACGGGUCAUACUUAUCCUCGACAACUGCACGGCCCACAACGUCAAGCCGAAAUUCACCGCCGUCAACCUAAAGUUUUUGCCUGCCAACACGACAGCAAAAAGUCAACCUCUCGACCAGGGUGUCAUCGCAACCGUAAAGGCGCUGUACAAAAAGCGCAUUUGCGAGAGAGUUUUGCUGAGCCUGCAGCAGCAGCAGCCUCUUAAAGUGAACUUAAGGGGCGCAAUUGACAUGGUGGUCGCUUCAUGGUGGCAGGUAAAGGCCGAUACCAUAAGCAAGUGUUUCAAGAGGGUAGGCUUCGUGCGCAAUGCAGAGACUCUGGAAGACGAUGAGCAGAGCGACACUUCGCUCGCCGAUGAGACCCUCAACACUGACGAAGUGUGGUCCGGCCUCGUUGACAGCAACUUUGUAACCGCCACCGACACUUUCCAAGAAUUUGUCGAUGCCGGGGAGUCGGAGCUUUCUGUCUGCGAGGAAGCGAGCACAGAUGACGCGAUCUCGGACGGCGAACACGAGGUCGACCCGACGCCAGAACCGGAUUUCCCGUGCAAAGACGCGUUGGAAUACCUCGCAAAAGUGAAAACGUACUGCGCGAAGAACAGUUUGAGCGAGAACUCGCUUCAGUGCUUAAGCUUUGUGGAAGACGAAAUUGUUCGUAGCGCUGUUCACAAGCAUCGCCAGACGAAAAUAACGGCGUUCUUCCAAUGAUGACGGACUUGAGAACUUCGUUUCCGUGCUGUGUUGUGAUUGUGUUGAAUGUGUCUGCGAGUGAAAAGUGUAGUAAAGUGCUUUUGAAAGGUG